UAAACCGAACAACACUAAUCGACGAUAAUCAUCAUUAACCCGCAACCAAUCUAUCGUUUUUUGUUUUUCAUUGUCGAAAAUGUCUUGCAUUAAAAUUUGUUCCGGUAUUUUAUUAUUUCUUGCAUAUCAUUUAAUAUUAUUAUUGUUGGCAUUAAUGAAUACGGCCGUAUGGACAACUGAAUUACCUCGGAUACAAUUAUGGCAUCAUCCAAGCCUUUAUGCCGUUGUAAAAGGAUUUAAUGUAUUUUUCGGUACAUUUAUUAUCUGUAUUAUAUUGAUUAUUUGUUUUAAAAUUGGUGAUCAUAUACUUAGUAUUGCUAAUCUACGUAUACGUGCAAAUUAUAAUUUUUAUCUAUUAAUCAUUAGUUUUAUAAUUGUAUUUUGUUUUCCAAUUAUUUAUGUUUAUAUUGCUCGUCAUAUUGGUACAAUGAUGAUUCAAGAAAAAUUAACAAAUUUUACAUUAUUAACAUUAAUAUGUUUUAUUGCAAUUGAUUCAAUGAUAAUAUUUGUAUUUGCUAUAUUUUUAUUAUUAACAUCUAUAAUGUCAACAAUGCGUUCAUAUAAUAUAUUUAGACAUUUAGUUAAAUUAAGUGAAGAUAAAAAACAAUUGAAAAAGAAGCAACAAACAAAAUCAAAUGUUAAGAAUAAACGAAUUGAACAACUUCGUCGAUAUCCAGGUCAUCAUUAUGGUGUAUAUCCUGGACAUGGUAGAAUACCAGCAAAAGGUGUUUAUCAAUAUCCAUUAAAAUCGAAAAGAAAUUCAAAUCAACAACAAACACCUGAUCAUCGUGUUUAUCGUGUUGAAUCAUCAAUGACUCAACGAUAUGGUUAUGGUUAUGUAGCUACACCUACAUUAACACUUAGUGAUCCAUCCGGUUCAUUUGAUGGCUCAUUGCAACAACAACAACAACAACAACGAUCAAAUACAAGUACAUCACAUCCAUUAUCCGAAACAGCCGUAUAUUUAGUAUGAUGUUAACUUGAUAAAG